AUGGCGAAACUGCUUGGGUCAAUCAGAAAGUUCUUCAGGAGGAGGGACAAGUGGAGGAAGCAUCCGAGGUUGAGCAAUCAACUCCGUCGGACCCUUCCCGAUCUUGGCCUCGGAGUCAUCGCCUUCAGCGUCUAUCUGGUCGGCAAGCAAGUCUACAACAAACUCCUUGCUCCUUGCUCCUCUUCUUCUUCUUCUCACCACUCUUCCCAUUCCUCUACUUCUCACUGGCUCACUGAGACAACUAAAACAACAACCUCAUCAGGUGAUGAUGAUCAUUCCGCUCCUUAA